UAUUUGCAGUAAUAACGAGUGAUCGUUUACUUCGGUCAGUUAUUCCCACAAAACCGUCAUCAUGGCGACGGUUACUGUGCAGACCGUUUUCUUAGCUUCAAUCAUCAUAUUGAAGUACAUGCUCGGUUUGCGGAUGGUCUUCGCUGCUCCAUUUGCCCUCCUUAUAGCCACUGGAUAUAUGGCUGUCUUGUACCCACGGGCGUGGAGAGUCUUCAUCAACACGCUACCUCGGGAUAUAAAUGUGGGAUCGCCGAUGUGCUCGACGUCCGCGGUUUUUGUAUUUGUGGCGAGAAUUUCGAUCACCAUAUGUCUGAUGUUCGGCUUCACUGACUCAACCUUGAAUGUGUGA